AUGCGCUCCGUGUGGUUGGGCUGUAGGAGCAUUGUUAGCCCGCCACUGUGGCCUCUACGACUGCGGCAUUCUGUGCACGUGGGUGCUCACGGGGGUCAUGCGUUUAGGAUGUGCUCCAGAAGCGAAAGUGUCGUUUCUACAUGUGCCAUGCGAGUGUCGCUGCGGUGGCACGGCACCACGACCCCUCCGUCUGCUUCUCCUGAGGGAAGUUCAGGUGCGGUGCAUUCUGUUCUUUUCGCCGCCGGUCACAAUGAUGAGGAAGAAGCCUCUUCGUCACGGUCUUUUCGCGGAACAGUCCGCACCGUCCGUCUCCACAACAUGCCGCGAACAUGGCUGCAUGAGGAGGUGAUGCAGUUUCUUCACCAAGUGGCGGAGCACGCGGGUAUCGAUCCCCCACCCGAGGCUACACAGGAUAAUGGAACGGAAGGGAAUGCAAACAGCAAGGAGCACGAGGAAGAAGAGGAAGAAGAUAUGACAUCGGCGGUGCCAAAUGUCACUUCACCUUUUGUUGCACGCAUGCACAUCCCUUUUGGACGUCGCACGGGUAUUGUCUGCGGCCCUCCCAUCAUUCAACUCACCUCGGAUGCCCUUGCGGGUUAUCUGCUGAACGAUUUGAAUUUUGAACCGGACGACUACCGCAGCCGUAUUUACUUUACAGAGUUGGUGAACGACAAAUAUCACGAGGCAACGAAGAUGGUGAACAAGGAUGAGGCGGCGCUGCUGGAGAUGGAGCAACGAGAAGCCCUUGAGUCACUUGAGUUGGACCGCUACUUGAUGGCCCCAGACCUGCUAUAUGACAUUGCGAAGAUGCGGCAGAGGCGACUUGUGACGCGACGGUCAAAACUACUGCUUCACACCUUCGCCGAUGAUGACAGGCCUGAUGAGGGAGAGGACGGAAAGGACCAGAGUGAAGUGAAGGAUGACGACCCGACAAAUGAGAAUAAAAGGGUGCGGUUAAGAAGACAUAAGAAGUCAAAGAAAACAUUGCGAUGUGUGGGAGAAUACAAGGAGUUGGGCCGUGGCUCCGUGCACAGCGUGCCACUCGCGCUGCCGUAUGUGCAGGGUCGUCGAGGGGUAUGA